GAUGACCAGAGACUGCGGACACAGUACAGGAGAUGACCAGAGACUGCGGACAGUACAGGAGAUGACCAGAGACUGCGGACAUAGUACAGGAGAUGACCAGAGACUGCAGACACAGUAGAGGAGAUGACAGAGACUGCGGACAUAUUACAGGAGAUGACCAGAGACUACGGACACAGUACAGGGGAUGACCAGAGACUGCGGACAUAGUACAGGAGAUGACCAGAGACUGCGGACAGUACAGGAGAUGACCAGAGACUGCGGACACAGUACAGGAGAUGACCAGAGACUGCGGACAGUACAGGAGAUGACCAGAGACUGCGGACAG